CUCUAAACUGCAACCUAAAAAAUAGUUUAAGCAUUAUGGAAAAUAUUUUAAGAAAACUGUUUGUAAAAUUAAAAGAUGCAAUGGAUGAAAUGUUUGAGAUGAAAACAAAGGGGCACGUCGGCGAUGUUAAGCAGUCAGCAGCGGCAUUGUUGUUUGUGCCACUCAAGCAUUCAAAUCGUGAGGUCAAGCGGCAGAUUAAGUCUGGACGUGAUGAGCUGCAGGCGGAAAAGUCAAAGGUUGAUCUAAGCAGACUGCAAUUGCAAAAUCUAUUGUACGAGGUCAGUCACUUGAAAAAGGAAAUAAUACGCUGCCAAAAAUUUGAAAGCCGGGAUAAAUUUUUGGAGUUAUUGUCUGAUAAGGAAUAUGCCAUUAAAUUCACGGAUAAAGAUGACCAUGACAAGCUGUCGAAGCAUAAGACACAUUUGUAUCGUCUGGAUUGCGAGCUGCGAUUACGUAAAGAUCUUGAUAACCAGUAUAGUGUGCUUAUGAACUCUAAGAAACAACUUAUGGAGCAGAACCGUCGCCAGACUCUGAGAUAUCUCUCGUUUGGACCGGCACUACGCACUUUACAGGAAUCCACAAAACCAUUGCAUGAUGCGUUGCAGUUGAAUCUUGAUGUGGAAUGGAAACUCAGCGCAAUUGUAAAGUAUCUGCCGCGUCCCUUGUACAUACUAUUCAUUAAUUUGCAGUCAUUGCAACGUAUAAAAGAUGAAUAUUCGUUUAGCUCAGAGGUAGUUGGUUAUGAGAGUGACAUACAAAUGCAGGAAUUGCUCUCAUGCAAUUCCGACGAAAGUCCACCAAAAGAACGUCGAAACUUUUCUGAUGAUGUUAAUAUGCCAACAGGAAAUACAGUGGACAAUUCUUUGGAGCGAGCGCUAAAACCACAUCCAUUGCAUUUACGAGUUGUGAUGGAUAGCCCAGACAAAUCUAAUGAAUUGGUUUUAACAAUACGAUAUUGGGAACUACUUAAGUGUGUUACACUGCGAGCACAGUGUGAUUCCAAUAACAUUAAUGGACAGGGCACUUUUAGAGAUACAAAUUUUAUCCAGGAUCUUUUUAGUCAUUUGUAUGCCAAUGAUUUUGGAAAUUGCGUUCCUGUGCCGGGAAUUCAAUAUGAGUUGCAAAAUUUUAACUUUAACGAAGGGGAGUGCAUGAAAUAUCUUGUAAACAAUGGAUAUGGUAAACCUUACUGCUGGUUGCAAGGCAUGUGCUCCGUUGCUACUGUUAAUGAACAAAAGCGUUACAAUCAUGAAUUAAAGUUGCAUAAAUGGACUCGAGCGGUAUUUGAUCGAAUUUCUAAACGCUGGCGCUCCUGGUUGAGACUAACUCAGCAGUUACGCGGUUUGACCUAUAAAGAGAUUGACAUGUACACUUUAAGGGAAAAUAUUUACCCCGAUGGUUUAUCCAGCAGCCUUGUACAGUGGUCGGUUAUAACCACCGAAGAGUUCAAUAUUCAAAAUUCUGACUUGCUUAACAAUCUUACUGAUGAUAAUAGUAUCACAUAUACAUCCUACAGAGCUGUCAUUGUGCGUGGGUCUGCGAAAAUGGAAUGUUUUAUUAGAAUUCCUAGCAAUUAUCCAUUAGAAACACCGCUCUGGAUAUUAAGCGUACAUUGGAAUGGUCAACAUACAUCCAUGAAUAAUUCGGCAAUUAAGAUGAUGGAAUGCUGGACAAAUACAUUAAGACCACAGCAUUUGGAGAAAGAAGAUCGUUUGCUUUAUUCACAACUCUUCCGCACUAUAUGUAGCUUUGAUAUUUUUCUCGAGACUGAAGGUUCUAUGCAGGCCACUAGAGAGUACAACAAGGAGAAACCCUACAUUAGCGCGUUUACAAAGCGAAUUCGUUUUCGUCCGUAUAAAUUUAUCAAAAAAGGUUCUAUUUUCACAUUCAAACAAUAAGGCAUCACAAUUGUAUGUGUACAUAGAUUAAACAUUAAUAAGAUUGUUUAACAAA